AUGGCACACAGCGUCGCUUCUUUGCCCGCCAGCUAUGAGAGUCUGAUUGCCUACAGGAGAGAGAUACGGCUUCUCGACAUUCGAUAUCCGCCUUCUCCUUCAGCCCAAAGCAACGUAGCUGAUCUGCGAUUCGGCCUACACAAAGCUCGUCUCGAUGAAGCCCCAUCCUUCUACGCACUGUCGUAUGCAUGGGGCACGCCGGAGAACAUGCAGACAAUCCACGUGAACGAUCGCCCGUUCCAAGUUCGGGAGAACCUCGCCCAGUUCCUUGAGGCGCUGACCAAACAACUGCGCAACGAGCAUGGGGAUAAGGGUCUGGCGGCGAUCAGGAUUUGGUGUGAUGCCGUUUGUAUCAAUCAGAGUGAUGCUCGCGAGAAGAGUUCUCAGGUCGCCAUGAUGGGCGAUAUCUACAGGUCUGCCACUGGUGUAUAUGCUUGGCUUGGGCUUGCAACACCUGAGUCCGAGGCCUGGUUCAGGUCUGCUGAGCACUUCAUCCUGAGGCACGACAACUGCGAGAAGACUGACGGGUCUCUUGCUUGCCUACAACCGUGGAAGGCAUACAAAAUGACUGAGUUGAGAGGCCAGCUGCGCGACAUAGUGCAGCGCGAGUACUGGCAGAGACUGUGGAUCGUACAGGAGCUCACGCUGGCCCAAAAAGUGAAUUUCCUGUGCGGCCACACCCAGAUGGGCCGCCGAACCUUUGAAUUGUUCCUCAAGUGUUGGCGUGGUGGAAAAGAACUGCUGGCACCCGAAGACACCUCCGCAUCACGACAUGUGUACACCCUUCUCAACCUGCGUCACAGGUAUCUAGCUAGUCCUCUCGAUCUGGCCGCGCUGACCCGCGAUUUCUCGAGAUCCCGGUGUCAUGAUCCGCGAGAUCGGAUAUACGGCAUGCUCGCGAUGAUGUCGCGAGAAGAGGCCCAUCGAAUUCGAAUCGACUACAGCGUGCCUUUGAUGGAAAUCCUGCUGAAAUACGCGAACAACGUGUCAGAUGACAUCGGCGUGACCGUCGCAGAAAGCGUGGCAGAGGAAAACGGAACUAGGGCAUGGGGAACACUCUCAAAGCUCUCAUCUAUGAUCGAAGGUCUCGUACCAUUGAACUUUGGCAGCAAAGAAUGCUUAAAUGAAAAUUCAGAAAGCAUCGGCUUCACAUGCGACGUUCGUCUUCCUUUUGACAGCUACGGCCUCCAUGUUGAACGGAGCUUGAGGGUGUUUGCCGUUGGUACUGAGGAAAUGCUCGUUCCAGUCGAUCAGAUUUCGAUUCUGCCACCAGGAGGACGACGAGUCUAUGUCAGCGUCGGUCGGUUUGAUGCAAAUGAUUGGGCAAUUGUGUACACAACGGCGCCUCCAUGCGCGACAGACACCUUCAUGAAAGUGUCAAAAUCAUGUUCGUUGCAGUGCUCAUACGAGCAUGUUGUUCGCAACAGCAGCGAAUGGGCAAGGGGUCAAAGCGUCUUUGAGGCCAAGCUAGCCUUCGUGGUGGAGAAGUGCCGGCGUCCAGAUACGCUACCGGAGUAUGAUCAUGAGCCUCUUUCGGAUUUAUGGACUUUGGACCCAAGACUGUGGCUGCAACAGAUCAUGCCGACAUCGAUGGUGGCGUGGUGGCACAACGGCUUGCGGUACGUCUUCACAAUGAAUGCGGCGGCAGUAGGCACGUACAUUUGCAUCGACAGAGCACACGAUGUCUUGCUUAUUACCCACGACAGAGGGGACCGCCCCUCGAAUGGAGGCGCACGCAAAACAUCGCCUUUCGAAGAAGGUGGCUGGAGUCCGUGGCAAUUUGGACUUGAAGAAGAAUUAUUGGACACAUUAUUGGCCACAUGUAACGCGUGCCUUCCUUGGUGGAUGUCUCGAUAG